UCCUCUCACCUCUGUUGGCCUUCUUUCCAUCUCAGUGCACAGCAUGAAGCUCCAUCACGUGGUCCUGGGCUCUGUGCCCCUCCUGAUACUGGCUGGCUGUGUCAGCGCGCUGAAGCCCUCCAACAUUAACCUGCGCACAUUCAUUGGCUGUGCUGUGCGUGAGUUCACCUUCCUGGCUAGGAAGCCCGGUUGUAGGGGGCUGCGUAUCACCACGGAUGCCUGCUGGGGACGCUGUGAGACUUGGGAGAAGCCUAUUCUGGAUCCCCCUUACAUCGAAUCUCACCAUCGAGUCUGCACUUACAAUGAGACAAAGCUGGUGACAGUGAAGCUGCCAAGUUGCGCUCCUGGUGUGGACCCCUUCUACACGUUCCCUAAGGCCAUACGGUGCGACUGUGGUGUCUGCUCUACUGCGACAACCGAAUGCGAGACUUUUUGAACCCUCCUUCCCCAGGUGCACAGCUGCCUUGGCUAUUGCAGGCCAGAUUCUGCCCUGAUGUUACACCCACUUUCACCCCAACAUUGCAGGAGGUGUAAAUCAGCACAGAAUGUGACCACUGAGUCUAACUGCUUCUAAUCACUAACUCUUCAGCACAGUAAAGGCAUACUCUUCUCUUCUCUUCGCAGCCAGUUUAGAGAACUAUUAAUGUAGUAUUGUAAUAAGGAGCCUUAUGACAAUGUCGUGUGGAAAGUUAUGAUGCAGUUUCUUUUACCCAGAGGCAUUUCACAGUAUUUGAACUCACCUCAUGCACAAAGCACACAUUUAAUAAGCAGUCCAAAACACCU